AUGGCUGAGCAUCCAGUUAGUAAACCUUUGCUGAAACUCAAGCUUUUGGAGUCUCUCCGUGAGGGUGAUUUCUCCUCGCUCGACCAACUUUUGAAAACAUACUUCAAUCCGAAAGAUGACGCCAGCGUCAGAGAGGUCGCACAGCUAAUUUUGCAUUACGCUGUUCAAGUGGCUCCUUUGCAGCUUAUCAAAGAUAUUUUAGCCCAUUGGCUAAAGGAUGAAGAGAUUAAGCUGGACGUAAACCAUCAAGACCCUGAAGGAAAUACCGCACUUCACUUGGCCGCAUACCAAUCUCGGGGAGACGUUGUCAACAUUCUCAUGGAUCUGCCAGACAUCAACGACUGCAUCUUUAACAACUCGAAUCUUCAGCCUAUUGAAAUGUGCAAGAAUCUCAAUAUAGCCCAAAUGAUGCAAAUGAAAAGGUCUGAGUACCUAGGUGACGUUGCUCAAGAGUUUAGAAGAGCAUUCGUGAACCGCGAUUGUGACCACUUAGAAGCGAUCUUGGCGAAACCACGGAAUGCUGAGCUUCUCGACAUCAAUGGUACUGAUCCCCAGACGGGAGAUACAGUACUGCACGAAUUUGUGAAAAAAAAGGACCUUGUCAUGUGUCGAUGGAUCUUGAGCCAUGGUGGAGAUCCUUUUAAGAGAGAUCGCAAAGGCAAACUACCCGUCGACUUGCUGGGCAAGGUGCCACCAGCAGCCGAUACCCCAAAUACUAAGCUUACACACGAACAGCAAUUGAAGCGAAUGCUAGAAAAAGCGGCAAGGGAGCAAAGUGUUAUUGAGGUGGCCAACAAUUUGAACGAGCCACCAACCUACAAAGGGUAUUUACGUAAGUGGACCAAUUUUGCCCAGGGCUACCGCUUACGCUGGUUUAUCCUUAGCCCCGACGGUACAUUAUCUUACUAUAAGGACCAAGACGAUACCAAAAAUGCAUGUCGUGGAUCUCUGAAUAUGUCGACCUGUUAUUUACACUUAGACUCCUCGGAGAAACUAAAGUUUGAGAUCAUCGGGGGGUUCAAUGGUACUGUCAGAUGGCAUCUGAAAGGCAAUCACCCUGUGGAGACUAAUAGAUGGGUUUGGGCUGUCCAAGGUGCUAUUCGUUUUGCCAAGGAUCGCGAAAGAGUAAUAAAAAGUGGCGGACAGCCUAAUAAUGUUGAUCAAAGUGCUACAGUUUCCAACCCCAAGGCCAAAGAGGCAGUUCAGCACUCAAACUCCUCCAGUGUCAACAGCCUCCAUCCCUCUGUCAAUCGCCGCCAACGACAACACCAGCCCCAGCAUUCUAUAAGCUCCAUGUCAUCUAUGUCUUCUAGUGAUGCGGAGCUCAACGAAAACCUUACCUCUCGUGGUAAGGAGUACGUCACGAAGGUAAAGUCUGGGCGUACUUCCAUGGACGCCUCCAUUAAUACCGGAGAUAACAGGUCAGAAACUGGGGAAAUGAGACAAAACUCGGAUGAUGCGGACGACUUGGCAAGCGAGGAUUACUUGAAAGAUGAUGACACUGAAGACUAUGACAAUAACGAUCUGAAAACUGAAUACGGACCCCACCACCAAGAAGUUUCCAUGAUCCAAAGGUCUAUUACAAUAGAGUUGGCAUCGCUCACCGAGCUACUAGAAGCCAAAACGCCAGAUGCCAGUGAGCUGGAGAUGGUGAGAAAAUCUUUGCAAUCGCUUUCGAAAAACUUCAAUUCUUACAGUUCCAUGACGUCCGUGAGGGACAAGAAACUGAUCAAACUGCUUCAGAAGCAGCAAGAUGUGAACCAUUUGUGGGUAAGGUCUGUUAAGGAGCUUGAGCUAGAACUCAUCGAAAAGUCUGAACGACUCUCCUCUCUUGACGUAGAAAGAAAGAACCUAAAGAAAUUAUUGCAGAAGAAGUUGCUCGAAAUCUCUGAAGCAGGACCAGCUAGUGAAAUUUCAAGUGGUAAGCAAGAAAGCGAUACUGCUCCCAUACCUGAAUCAGAAACCGCUAGACCGUUGGAAGAGAUUGCAAACUUCAUUAACUCCAACAAAGAAGCUGACGAAGACUCAGAUAUCGAUGAGUUUUUUGAUGCCGAAGACAAUGAUUCCUCUAAAGAGAAGAAGGUUGAUAAAGACGCCGAGGGAGUAAAACCGCAAAAUAUAAACAAAGAACAGCAAAUCGACAAAGUCGUGGCUGAAGGUGAUACGGAGUCCACCGUAACUGACGCUGUAUCAUCAAAUUACGAAAAAGGCGUUACGCACACAGGACUUACAGACAAAUCGACCUCUGAUACGGCCAAAGCCAGUCAACCUUUUGGCGAAACAAGCACCACUAAGAGCUCUGGAUCAACGAAAGAACAGACAAAACCACUUCAUAAUACGUUCACCGAGUCACAGAAGAAAAAAGAGGACCAAAUUAACCACGAAGGCUCGUACUUAGGUUAUGAAGAUGGUCUUAGGUGUAAGCUUGGGCUAGGCCAAGAUGACCGUCCCAAAAUUAGUUUAUGGUCGGUACUCAAAUCUAUGAUUGGUAAAGACAUGACGAGAAUGGCGCUUCCGGUUACUUUUAAUGAACCCACGUCUUUACUUCAAAGGGUAGCCGAAGAUCUGGAGUACUCUAACAUUUUGACAGAGGCUGCAGCUUUUGAGGAUUCGACGUUGAGACUGCUAUAUGUUGCAAUUUUCUCGGUUUCGUCGUACUCUUCGACUACCAAAAGAGUAGCCAAACCCUUCAAUCCAAUUUUGGGAGAAACGUACGAGUAUUCCAGACCUGAUGAACACUUUCGAUUUUUCACAGAACAAGUCUCUCACCACCCCCCUAUCUCCGCCACUUGGUCUGAGUCUGCAAAGUGGGACUUCUGGGGUGAAUCUCACGUAGACUCAAACUUUAACGGUAGAUCGUUUGAGGUCGAACACUUAGGUCUGUGGUAUUUAAGAAUGAGACCAGAUUCGGAAGCCGAGGAUGAGUUGUACACGUGGAAGAAGCCCAAUAACACGGUUGUUGGUAUACUUGUAGGCAAUCCGCAAGUUGACAAUCAUGGCGAUGUUGAAAUCGUAAACCACACUACCGGCGAUCGUUGUACGAUUCACUUUAAGGCUCGUGGCUGGAGAUCUUCCAACGCAUAUGAAGUGAAAGGUGAGGUUUACAACAAGAAGGGAGGGAAAGAAUGGAUUUUCGGAGGCCACUGGAAUGAAUCUUUGCAUGCAAAGAAAGUUUUGAAACCCAACUCAUCAGAAGAAAUGGCCCUAGACAAGUCGAAGAGCUUGCCACGCUCGAAGGAUGGGCCCAAUACGGAUGGCUCUAAAUUUUUGGUUUGGCAUGUUCACGACAGACCAGAACUUCCGUUCAAUCUUACGCAGUAUGCUGUUUCUUUAAAUGCUCCCCAGCCAAGGCUUUUGAAGUGGAUUCCUCCUACCGACACCCGGCUGAGACCUGAUCAAAGGGCUAUGGAGGAAGGAAGGUAUGAUGCGGCUGCGGAUGAGAAAAACCGCGUGGAACAGAAACAAAGAGCUGCAAGAAAGAGAAGAGAAAAGGAAAACGUCGAGUACACCCCUAACUGGUUUGUCGCUGCUCAGCAUCCUAUAACAAAGAAGAAUUACUGGAAGUUUAACGACAAAUAUUGGAAGGUCAGAAAAGAUCGCAAGUUUGAAGGACUUCCUGACAUAUUCUAG